AUGCCUUCUUCUGGAAGAUACCCACAAAAUUGGAGUGGAGAACACCCUCAUCAACCAAUAUUCAAUCCAUACAACUCUCAUAAAGCUGCCAGUUUACCCAUGAGCGAAAACACAGAAAUCAAUUCAUCACUUCAACCUCGAGGACCCGGUAAACCUGUCCCGCCAAUCCCAAUUCGUCAAGCGCCUCAUCCAUCUUUACGACCGCUCACAAACCCAGGUCCAUUCAAGGGAAACCGGCAACCGUACUUGCCAAGAGUCGGCCAUACUGAUACCGACAUCAAGAACAACAUCACUAGUAAUGAUGCCAAGAAACAACACCACAGAAGAGACUUGACAAUGAAAUCGCAACCGCAACAGGAGAAAUCCAAGCUUGAUCCUUUGGCUAAUAGCUGGAAUGGUUCUUUACUCAUUAUCAAUCCUGCCGGAGAAGAAAGAACACAAGGCGAGACUUUCCAAUCAGAUUGGUCAUCGAAAAAGCUGGCUGUUCAUUCUCCUCCUUUGGAUUUCACUUCAAGGAUUAAUAUGCCAAGUAAAGCAAGCUCAGAUGCAGCUGCGAUAGCAAUCAAAGGACCUGCUUCGUCCUUCUCUAAACAAUCGAACGUCUCCAAAUAUCCUGAACCUCGUGUGCCUCCUUCUUACCAACGAAAUUCCUCGACCACCAUCCAAACAGCCAAUGGUCUACCAGCAAGGCCUGGACAAUUUUACGAUACGACACGGCAGCCACUUCGAUUCGGAUUUUCAGCCCCACGUACCUCGAAUCAACAAGACUACUCCAGACAGACGCAGAGCAUUCCCCAGUUCAGGACACAUUCCGAGACUCGUUCUUUUCUCUCCGGUCAAGCUGGUCCGCCUGCAAUUCAAGGUGUUAAUCUUUCCCGGAAUGUGCCUUCUUCUAAGCGUCCUCGAGUCACGCCACAUGUAGGAUAUAUCAAUGAUCGAUACCUUCAUUACCUACAAUUGGGUCAAUCCUCUUACAGAAAUCAAACCGUCUUCCGUAUUCAUACCAAAUCGUCAGCUUCACCUUUGAUAUCAACGGGAAAUUCAUCAACCUCUGGAUUCUUUGCCACUUCCAAAGUAUUCUCACAUCUCACUCCCAAAGCCUAUGAAGCCUUAUUUCAAUCUCACUCAGAUGAAGAGACAGAUAAACAUGAAGGAUGGCUAAAAGGAACUUUAAUGAGAGAACUGAUGAUUGAUCACAUUCUCUGUCGACCUUCAAAGAAAUUCAUUGACCUAAGCACAAUUAUCAAGAUCAAGGAUAAAUCGAGCAUGAAGAAAAGUAAGAAAGGUGAAAUGGGACUCGAAAGCAGAAUUGAUUCAGAUGGAUAUUGGAUAUCUACAACGAGAGCGAUAGAUUGGGCGAUUUACGAAAUUGCUAGACGACUGACAAUUACUCAUAUAACUGGUAAAGGUGAAAAACAAAUUAACUUAUCAGUUAUCAAUGCUGAACCUACAGCUUCUUCACUAGCUGAAGGAAAAGCUUCAAUACAGAUUGGCAAAAUUAGAGAAAGAAGGAUAAAUCCUCUUAUUUGUUUGGAAGUUAACGAAAGAAAAAUACUUUCACCACAUAAAUUACAGGCUUCAAUUCAAGCUAAAUCCAAAUCGAGAGAAACAUCUGAAACCCUGUUUUGGGGUAGAAUAUUCGGCGAGAAUGUAGAAGAAGAUCUGAUAUUUACUGCUGAACAUCUUCCUUUCAAACUCCCAGCUAAAUUUUGGAGACCUUCCUGGCAAAUAAACCCCAGAUUACCAGGAUGGUUGGGUCGACUUCGAUGGAAUCCAGCAACAGACGACUGGGAGACUGCUUUGGGAUGUCUGAGAGGUCAAAUUUCGCCGACUACAACAUGGGACGAUCAACCAAUUCACAGUCUAGGGUCGCAAUGGCCUCCAUCACCUUCCACUUCCGCCACUGACACACCAAGGUGUGAAGACGAUUUCUCAAGUUCGCUUAAAAUCGUUUCGGAUGAACCCACACCGGAUGUAUCUUCUUCACAUACGGACCGUAUCGGUUCCUUUCGGUCAGCUAGCUUCGUACAGGUUCAGAAGGGCAAACAAAUGGAAGAUUUGAUGUCAUGA